CUUCACAGCAAGCACAAGCUGUCUGUGGAAGAAGAGCUGCUGGAAAAGCGGAGACGAUACCAGGAACAGGUGGAAUCUUUCCCCCCAGAUCUUACUAGUACCAGUCCCCCCAUUUCUUCUCUUCAAAAGGUUUCCACUAAAGCAAAACAAGAUGACUGCUACAAGUCCAACAUCAAGGAGGAUGUGAGUGUGACUGAGAGUAUGUGCCCCUGCCUUUCCAGAGACCAGCAGGAUGUAUCCAGUGGCACCAGCCAUGCUGGGAAUCUCUGCUCCAAAGACAAAUCUCCAGCACCUGACAGUCCUGUGGCAGGUGUUGAGGAGGAAAUGGCUGUUGUCCAGGGGGACCUGGAAGAGCAAAUGCCAAACUUAGUAGUAGAAAGCCAGGUAGCAGGUGGAAGUGUCUGUGUCAAUAUGUAUGGUAGCAUGGAGGAAAUGGACAAGAGGCCCUUUGUAGCUGUUGUGGGCAUUUCAAAGACUGCUGCAGAAAGUGGGGCUCCCAUUCAGCUGAUCCCUUUGGGGAGGGAAGAGAGACUUGACAGACCAAAGGUUGAGGAAAAAGCUUUGAGCUCCAAUGAUCCUCCCCUUGAAGGGGACAGAGACAGAGGAGACUUGCAGGAAUUGACGACUGUGGAUCAGAAAGACACAGUGAAGCAGCAAGAACUGAGAAGAGCUGCAGAGAAUGUCUCAGUGGUACUAAAGAGUGUCUUGGCUGAACGGGAUUUGCUCCAAUGCAAGGUGGAGAAACUAGAGCAGGAGAAGUGCAACCUGAGGGCAGACUUACUAAAAAGCCAACAAGAAUUAGCAUCCCUCAGAGCCCAGGAUACUGAAGGCUUAUACUGGAGCAAGAAACACAUGGGUUAUCGUCAGGCUGAGCUCCAGGAGCUGAAAGCAAAGCUGGAGAGGACCACAGAGGAGAAGACUGAGCUAAAGGAGAGACUCAGGGAGACGGAGAUGCACCUGGAAGUGCUAAAGGAGGCGCAUGUUUCCUGCAGGAGUCCAGAAAGGGGAGACUCAAAAAGGUCAGAAAUCACUAUGGAGAAGCUUAAGAACUUGCGUCUGAAGGUCACUCGGCUCCUCUCACUAGUACUCCCUCACCUGGAACUGCAGGAUAUUAACUUUGAGUCAGAUCAAGUGGAUGAGAUCUUGCAGACUGUGCUGGAGACGAACCACAUGUCAGAGUAGCCCAUCCUACACACUGCCAUUGUGCCUUUUUGUACAGCAGCUUUAAUAAACCCAGAAUUUCUUUUCCC